AUUAGCACAAUAAUAAUUAAUAGACGAUUAAAAAUAUUUGUUUAAAUAUGAAACGGCGAUAGCGAAGAAUAAUCUAAAUAUGAAAAUGACCUAUAAAUGCGGGACUUAAAAAAAAUGGAGGUCGUGUUGAAGUCGGUAAAUACGGUACCAUGUGAUGGAUGGCUUUUUUUCCUCCUAUUCAGAAGAGUGACCUUUGCACACGAUACACCAAAAUUUUCAGCAAAGCGAGAAGAACCCAUUUUGAACUGUUUCCCCACGAGGCAUGCAAACUAAUGAAUUUUAAUCCAAGUUCUGAUCUCUUCUCCGACUCCGACAAUUCAUCAAGCAGUACACAGCCACCAUCCCCAUUCAGGUUCUCCAACUCUGAUAAUUCCUCAAGCAGUACACAGCCACCAUCCCCAUUCAACUUUGAGGAUCAACCAGCAAGUCCUGUGUUUAGCUGUUUCCGAAAAAGAAAAUUAGUUGAUUCAGAUGAAGACUCACUAGAGGUAUAUCAUUUAAUUAAAUUUUCCCCACUUUUAAGAUACAUGUAAAGUGAUAUUGUUAUACGUUACCUUCCUUUAGA